AACUGUUAAUAUGACAUGUUGUUUUCUUUUUUAGAACGUACCAUAAACAAAGAUGAAGGCACUAUUGACAGUGCUGUUAUUGGCCAUCCUUGGGGUCACCACGACUUUGGCCUUGACAUGUUGUACCUGUGAUGACCUUGAAGUCACUGGAACCUCUUCCUCUCCCCAGAUCCUCCCCUGUCCCUUCAUCAUCAAGGUCAACAAAUUUGCAUACAAAACCAAUGAUCCUGAAGAAUAUCUUACUGUAACUUUGGAAUCCAGAGGAGGUGGUAGAUUUAUUAACCAGUUCAUGUUACAAGCUGUCAGCAUUGAUUCUAUGGGCAAAGCGCUUGUAGCUAACCCUGGUGAGAAUGGUUUCCGAGCUUUCACACAAAUCCCAGUGGAAGGGCACACUGUCAGUACAACUAGUGACUGUGAGGGUAAAACUGUAAAAAGUGAUACAAAUCUCAAAUUUGACAGCAAAGCUACAAAAAUCCAGUUUUCAUUUGCCCCAAGACGCAUACAAGGACCUAUCAAAUUCAGGGCUACUUUUGUGGAUGACCAGGGUAAUUUCUGGCUGAGGGAAGAAUCAGAACCUAUUGUACAGAUUGGAGGACCCUCCCUGGACCCCUCCAUUGUCAGACAAAAUGCUCUUCCUAUCAUUGACCCAAUCCACACAGACAAGUGUGGGAUUGAGAAGGGCUGUUACAGAGUUCCUGAGGGAUGCUGGGAACCUUACUGUGAUUACAUCGCCACCUGGAGGCCACUCAGUCGAGUAGGAACCGAGUAUAUGAUUGAGAUGAGUGCUCGGGUGAAUGGCAUCACAGACAGACAUGUCUCGCUAGCUCUGUCUGAGGAUAUCAGAUGGGGCGAUGACCGAGUGUUUGAAUGUGUCCAUGAAGGAGGUACAGGAUUGACUAAAGUCUACCAAGCAAAGAGCAUUGACCACAGUACACAGAGGUUUAAGAACCCAGGGGAUGGUAUUGAUGACUCCUGUGAGUUGUAUGGGCUCAAAUGUGGUGGUCAGUUUCUGGAAGGGAGGGUGAGAUGUCGAUUCGUGGUGCGUUCCAGUCGUACCAUCAACUCUCUGCCUCUGUCAGGCUCAUACCAUGUUUUGAUGUACAGUGGACCUGCUGAGAAUACACUGACUGCACCACACAGAUAUGGCUAUGGUGAAUACCCAGUUGCCUCCCCUGACAUGGUAUCUCUGGCUGACAUUUCUAUCAACAUGCAGGGAUUCGCUCGCUAUCCACUGGUCAAGGCUCAUGGAAUAUUAAUGAUCCUGGCCUGGUGUUUCUUUGGGACUGUUGGACUUCUGAUGACAAAGUAUUAUAAACCUAUGUGGCCAAAUAAGAGGUUUUAUGGGCAACGAUACUGGUUUGUUGCUCACUUCAACUGUAUGGCCUGGCUAUUUAUCUUCGUUCUGAUUGCAUUCAUCUUAAUCUUUGUGGAAGCAGGAGGAUACAGCAAGGUUGAUUACUUCCCUUUGGAUGCCCAUCCUGUUAUGGGAAUAAUAAUUUUCUGCUGUGUCAUUAUAAAUCCAAUCAUAGCAUUGCUCCGUCCUGCAGAUGACCAUGACUGUAGACCUUGUGUUAACUGGGUCCACUGGGCAUUUGGAACUGUAGCCUGGUGUUUAGCUAUACCCAAUAUGUUUAUUGGAAUGAGCUUUGGGAAAGCUCAUGUUCCAUGGUGGGCCACUUGGAUUUUGUUUAUCUAUAUCCUCUUUCACAUCAUUGUGGAGAUAACAUUGGAAAUCCAUCAAUGUUGUACUCACAAGAAAAACAAAGGAUCUCCAUUCGGUAAUGCUGUUCAUCCCAAAAAUACCCAGUUGUCUUCCAGUGUUGUCCAGAAUCAUUCCCUGGGGAGUGUACAGGAAGAGAUCAGUGUACAGAAUUCAUUCCAUGGUGAAACAAAUGACAACAUUGUACUGGGGCCUUCCCCCCUCGUGAUGUUUCCAACCUGUGUGGGGAAAGUUUGUAAAAACUUUGCUAGAUGUUCCAUACAAGAUUCACAAGCUAAAUGUUAUUGUCCACUAGGAUAUACUGGAAAAUUAUGUGACACAGAGAGAAUUGUGAAGUACCCCCAGUUCAUGGGGGAUAGCUUCCUGACUUUGCCCCCCAUCACCAGUGGAUACAGAGAUAUUGAGAUCUCUGUCGAGUUUAAGCCAGCCUCAGAUUCUGGACUCCUGUUGUUCUCCUCCGAGCAUUCUCAAGCCAAAGGCGACUUUUUCUCUCUUGUUCUUGUCAAUGGUUUUGUAGAGUUCAGGUUUGACUGUGGAACUGGUCCUGCUGUAAUAAGGAGCCCAAACCAUGUGAAGAUUGGUCAGUGGAAUCAGGUCAAGGCCAAGAGGUCAGAGAGCCAGGGCUGGCUAUGGAUGAAUGGACAUGGACCUGUUUCUGGAUUCUCACAGGGAUCAUACACAAGAAUUACACUGAGGACAAGCUUGUAUGUAGGAGGAUACCAGAACAUUUCCCCAAUACGGAGCAGAGUUAAUAUGUGGAGUGGAUUCCGUGGGUGUGUACAGAGUCUGGUCAUUAACCAGUGGCAGUAUGACUUCAGAAAAUCAGUACGGGGGGAGCCAAAGAUUGCAAUAAAUAACGGAAGGUCAGCCCUGGUGACAGAUGUUAUGGGUAAACUAGGGGAUGCAAUAGAUGGACAGAAUAUAGAGGACUGCAGUAAAAAUGUGUGUGAUGAUAAUGUGUGCCAUAAUGGAGGAACCUGUAAGAUUAUUUCACCUGAUCAGUAUGUCUGUUUGUGCCCCUUGGGUUUCUAUGGACCAGAUUGUAUCCAGAGUGGAAAAGUACAAGUUCCUGAGUUCAAAGGUCACUCAGUGCUCCAGUACCAAGGUCUUGGUAGGAACAGUCUGUCCUACACUGAGAUAGAGAUGAUAAUAAAACCUACAGUGUCAGAGGGAGUGAUGCUUUACAAUGGUUACACAAACAACAGACAAGGGGACUACAUCUCUGUUUUGAUGCGUCAGGGAUAUGUAGAAUUCCAGUUUGAUCUGGGCACUGGACCAGCUUUUAUAAGGAGUUCAAAGCCACUGAGUCUGAAAAAGUGGCACAGAGUGAAAGUCUCCAGAACUGGCCUACAGGGUGUGUUGGAAGUUGACAACCAGAGUCCAGUACAGGGGCUGUCUAAAGGAGCUUUCACACAGCUUACUCUGUUACAGCCACUAUUCAUUGGGGGUCAUCCAAAUUUUGACAUCACCUCCAAGUAUCUCAAUAUGUCUACAUCAUUUAAAGGAUGUAUUCAAAAGUUUAUUAUAAAUGACCGUCCUGUUGACCUUGUUGAAGAGGCUGCUGAAGGUUAUAAUGUGGAGCCAUGUUCCCACCCCUGUAAUACAAAGCCUUGCCAGAAUUCUGGACUUUGUGUUCCUAAAUUAGGGCUUUAUGGCUGCUCAUGUCCUAUUGGAUUCACAGACUCUCACUGUGAAAGGAAUCUCACCAUUUUUACAGCAAAGUUCAGAGGUUCAGGAUUCCUGUCUUACGAUGAUAAAGAUAUCAGGAAAAGAGUGUCUGGGAGGAAAUCCAACAUACAUUUGAAAAUCCGUGGACACUCUCUUGAUGGUCUUCUCUUCUGGACUAGCAAGACCCUCCCUGUCAAACAGGAGGGAGAAGAUUUCCUUGCCCUGGGGUUCAGAAAUGGCUCUCUCCUGUUCCAUUACAAUCUUGGUUUUGGGAGAGCUCUCAUUUCUUAUAACAGGACUUUGUUAUCUGAUGGAAAAUGGCACUCAAUCAAAGUACAAAGGAAUGGGCAGCAUGGUUCUUUGAUAGUUGAUGACACACAUGUCGUAAAGGGAAAAUCUCCUGGCAGAUUUAAUGAUCUGAAUAUCAAUGGUCCUGUUUAUAUAGGUGGAAUGCCAGAUGUUUCCUAUAACACCAUGAGUUUGUACGAGACGGGAUUUGUUGGAUGCAUACGAGAUGUGAUCUUAUCCAAUGACUUCCCCGUAAAGCUAAUGGAAUCAGCUACAGAGGGGCAGAGAAUCAGUCAAUGUGCAGGGUACUAGUCAAGAUCGGGAAAA